UCGCCCCUCGGUGCUGCCGCAGGUCCCGCAUCACCCCCGCUGCCCAGGAACCGGUGUCCGGGACGCGUGGCGGGCAGGAAAGGCGGCCGGACCAGGCGUGCCCCGGAACGUAAGCGCCGGGGCUGCCGUUUCCAGGCCGGCGCUGUCGCCGUGGUGCGGGGCUGCUGCCGGCAUGGACGAGGAGGACGCGAGAGAUUUUAAUGAACGCUGUGCCCAGUGUUCAGAAGUGAACUGGGGUAUCACUGACGGAGGCAGAUUUUAUUGCAGAUCUUGCCACAAUGUUACUGAGAGAACUAGAGAAGUUGUAAGCACUGAUUUUAUUUCUAAUACAAGAGUACAGACAAUCUCCAAAGGCUUAAGAAAGCAGGAAAAAAAUGGUGAAAGCUGUGAGUGGUAUGUUUGUGAAGGCUUUCAGCUUGUUCUCAAGAAACAAGCUGAAGCUUUAGAAGCUUUAGGAGUAUGUCCACAAAUGAAGGAUGAAGUUCUGUGCAAUUUUUGGAGGCGUUACCUUCAGAAGAGCAAACAGGCCUAUUGCAACAGAACAGCUGGGGAAGCUGUCCAAGCAUUAUCAGUAUGCGACAGCAGUACCGAUGUGGACAGUGAACCAGAGAGACCUAGCCUUCUGCACUUGUUAUCUCUCUCUGAAAGUGACGGGGACCUCCCGACUGACUGCAGCUUUGCCUCAUCAACUAGCAAGGUCUCAGAAAGCACCUCUGUGUGCUCUGGAUCCGUAGAUGGUAGCUUGUAUUUGAUGAAGAAUCAAAAGGAGAAGCUGAGGAUGACGAUGCCAAUGACCCUUUCAUUUUGUUACAUGGCGUUACUCUGGUUGAGAGAACCAAUGACGUUAUCUGAACUCUUAAGGUUUGUUGUUGAAGGUCAUAUUCCGUACUUUAAUGUUUUUCUGCAUUUUCCGGAGAAGAUGAAGUUAUAUGGACUUGACCUUAAGAUCUUUUGUGUAGAGUCAUGGCCUGCAUAUGAAGAAGUGUACAACAAAAUGCUUGAGCUUGCAGCAUUUUUAGACCUGCCUCGUUUUCCAGAUAUAACUGACAGCUGCUUUCUUCAUCCAGACAUGCUCUGCAUGAAGUACUUGAUGGAAGCUAAUUUACCUGAUGAAUUACAUCAUUGGACUUGUCGAGUGGUAAAAAAGAUCCAUGUUGGAGAGGUGGAUUUCCUGACGCUUGUGCCUGGAAAUAAGUCAACAAGAAGUGUGAAAUACGAUAUUCUUGCUGUAGCAGUUAUUAUAGUAGUGCUCAAAUUAUUGUUUUUAUUAGAUGAUCAUUAUGAAUGGUUACUUUCAGACUUCGCUGAAGAAAGAAAUAAAAAUAACAAUGAAGGUGGUCCGUAUUUUGAGCUCAAAAAGUGGUACAAAGUCAUAAAAUGUACCUUGGAUGCAGAGCAAAAGAAAUUGGAUGAAGAAAAAGCCAAGUAUCUGUGGAGAUGUGACAAGCCACUGUAUUAUUCAGUCGAGAAGAAAGCUAAAGUUCUUAAGAGAAGACAGAUGGUUGUGAACUUACAAAAUCAGUUUGGCAAACUGUCUGGUUCCUUGCAGCCUGCUGAAAAACCAAAACCUUCAAGUUUUCAGUUACGUUGGUCUGAAGAAAACGCGGAUGGGAAUUGUUUUCACGGACAUAGCCUGAAGGGAAUUUUGCAAGAAAAAUGUGGUUUGCUUACAGCCAGGAACCCUGAGUAUUGGCUGUGCACACUUAAACUAUGUAGUGAGAAAGUGUGUGGUCGUGCGGCUCAUUACAGAGAAAUGGACUUUCCCCAGAGUUACCAUUUUGUACUAAGGUUAUUCGCCUUUCUUCUGAGGAUACAGCCCUCUUAUAUCCACAACGAAGUGUGUGUGAUAGAACACAAACUGUUUAAUAAAAAGCUCUGUAGAAAGCCAAAAUACAAAACAAGGCUAAAGAGGUAAAACAGCCUAAAACAGCAGUAUUAAAAUUGUGUAAAUUAGUUGACUGGAUCCCAAACCGUGGUAUUACAUCUAAACUUAUACUGAUCUUUUUGCCUGCGUGGAAUUUUUUUGUUAAAAUGGUAGUGCUGAGAUCUACUACAGUAUUUUUGUUGUAGUAUCAUUUUAUGUAUAAUUUAAGUCACUGGUUUCCAGCUGGGAAAGUUACCAAGGGAACUGUUUAUCACAAUUUAUUUCCUCACUUUGUAUCAGAGCCAGUGGAAGCUAUGAAAUUACCGUUUUUUGGCAUUAUUGUACAUAUUUUGAGUGUAAUAGACAACAUCUAAUUACAUUGUGAGAUUUUGCAAUUAAAAUAUUUUUUUACCUACAGUUGUAUGACAGCAAAUAUAUUUCUAGAAGGUGAUGUUUAUUCUACUUUGAAAUAGUGUGUUAACAAAUAAAAGGAGCAGUUGGUUGAUGUUUUCACUGCAGUGAGUUUUUUAGUCAUUGUUUCUAAACAGGCUGGUUUUGGCACUGUUUUCAAUGUUUCCUUGCCUCCUGUGUACCUCCCAGUCUCUUGUUAUGUCUGAGCAUUCAAGUUAACAACUUUUGGGUCCAUUUUGCACUCCAGGCUUCACAGAUUUUGCAGCUACUUUUAUGCCUAGAGCUGCCUGUCCUAUUUCUUGCACAACGGUAACUGCCAGGUCCUCCUAUCAUUCUUCUUUUGCAAGGCUGUUGUCGUCAUGAUGUCUUCCAACUGCUUUAUAAUUCGGCAUCUUCAGCAGCUUGUGCCUCAGCUGGUCUCCCAGUUUCUCACGCUCAAUCUUAUUUAUGCACUGUCUUUUAAACUGUCCCAGACAACGUGUAAAUGAAGUUGGGUGCUGCCGCUACAUUAAAGACACCAUAACAUCUACAUAUGUUGAACAGAGAUGUUGAGAAGAUACUCAGAUGAAUAAUGCUGCUUUCUGUUGAAUGAAAUAAAAUUCAGCAACUCCAGUCAUCAGAACGGAGUACAGGAGUUGCCAAAUCUAUUUGAUAAAAACCAAAAUCAACAGAUGUUUCUGAGCAUUAUUAUAGACAAGAAAAAUUGUGCCAAUUUAAAAAGAGUAAUAGCUUCCUUCAUGAGCAAGUACUUCAGUGAGAUGUAGUUUGGGAAGGUAAUCAGUCCAGCAAGUAGUCUCUGAGUAUGAUAGAAGGGUUUAAAAUCUGUUGCAGUUAAAUCCGUGAAGCCGUUCUCUUAAAAAAUGAGAACAGAUGAAUGACAGGAGAAGAAAUGUGCUGCCCUACCUGUCCGGAGCAAAAUGAUAAAGCAGUAUUUCAAACACAGGUAGAGCAGACAGGAUUAUUAAAGGUAAGUUACAAUGACUAAUUGGCAAUACUGGCAAACCAGGAGGCUUCACUGGCUCAGUAGAGGCAGGAGGUAAUGCAGUGUGAUGUCCUGAUUUAAGGUGACAUAAAAAACACAGUUUGGGCGAAAGUUUUUACUCUUUCAGAUGUUUUAAGUAGUUAUUGUAGAACAAGGAACAGUCCUAUAAAGAGAUUGUAACAUGCAGAUGAGAAGGCGUAGUUUUAGCCAUACAGAGCUAAACUGCUUGAUGGGGGAAGAGGAAAGAGCAGACCGUGUUGUUACUUGUUGCACGUGUUAGAGAUUUCAUAAGUGGGACAGUUGAGUAUGUCUAAAUCCUUUGCUAUGUCGUGCUAGAUACCUCAGACUUCUGACAAGGUGUGUCUUGAACUGAUCUUUACAUUAACGGACUCGGAAUAUACCAGUUUGAAUCUUAUCUUGUGUCUGGUGUUUGUGUUUGAAAUUAGCCUUUAUCUAUUAUGUUUGACUUCACUUGAGUGAAUUACUAAAUUUCGUAAAUAUUUGGUAAAAUGAUUUGUUGUUCUUGUUCUAGGUGAGUAUUUGUACCAGGUAAAAAUUUAGAGAAGUGUAAUACAUGUUGUCACUGUUUUCAACAGUGCUUGCUCAAGCAAAUGAAAGUGUCUCAUUCUUUUUACUAUUAUAUCUGCUAAAGUUUUGAAUUAACUGUCUAAAAGACUUUGUUAUGCAUAAAGGAUUCAUUUAAUUCAGAAGUGUUUAUUUGAAAGACUUACGCACUUAAUUAUAGGUACACCUUUCCUCUAAAACUACUGUCGUAGUAAAAUCUGAGCUUCAUAAAUUAAAAAUACUGUGCUCAUUG